AUUUGCAAGAAUCUGUUGCUGUUUCGCACUUUGGAGGAAAACUUCCAGGCCUUUUUGACAGAUGUGAAGGUUCCAUCAGGAUUUGCAGACAAUGAUUACAAACUGGAGCCACAUCACGAAACGUAUAAAUUCCGCCGCAAAUUGGUCAAAGAAUUUAUUGAUGUAAAGAAAUCUAAGGAUUUUCGCCUAACAGAAAAUUCGCAUUCCAAACAGUUCUUUGAUGAACUCAAACAGUUUGUAGAAUUAUCAGAGAAUGAAGGAAGUUUUUCCGAUUUUGAUCUUGAGCAAACAGGUAGACUGCAGAAAAUUGAUUUGUUUGAGGAAAAUGUUAAAGUUAAAGGUGUCGUGGUAUGCAAAUUUAGUAAAAAAGCAAAGGUGUGUGUUUUGAUAAAAACGAAAGAUCCCUGCAGAGGACUAACUGGCAGUUUCUCACUGUCUGAAGUCUUUGUUGACCUUCGUGAGGAAGAUGACACUGAUCAUGAAGGAUUUCAUCUUAAACUGGCUGUGGGAGACAUUGUAGAAGUAACAAAGUGUAGAAGAAAGGAGGGAACUGCAUUGGAACCAGAUAUAGUGAGGUAGGUCAACAAAUAUUUUAAGUAUGCAGGAUCAUAGAAAGAAUUCUCACAAAGACAAAGCAUUGCAUGUAGUAAAUGCCAAGCUAAGGGUACUUAUGGUAGUGGAGAUAUAGGCUAUACCCUGGAAGGGUAUUCCAAAAUAUAGUGUGGGAUUUGCGAACCUUUUAGGGGAUAUGGGAUUUGGUUUUGCUACCAGAACAGGAAGUGGGAUUGACCAAAAUUUGGGCACGGGAGCAGGAUUGGCAAAGGUAAAAACAAUGGUGAUACAGUUUAUGUUGGAAGUUCUCUAACGGUGCACAAUUCUUCAAGGCUGUACUCAAAGAAAAAUUGAAGGAUUAAGCCAAGGGUCUGUACCUGUGAAAUCCAGGGUGCCCAGAAAAUUAUUUCUAUGAAAAAAGCUAAGAUUUUCUGGUUGCCCGGCAGCAAAAGUUACGCCAGAGGCCACUGGGUGCUGUGGGCGUCUGGAAAAGCAGGAAACCGGAAUCCAAAAUAGGAACGGGAAUAGAUACAGAAACCGGAACCGAAACCGGAACCGGAAACGGAACAGGAACAGUAAUGUGAGUGGGAACCGAUACAAAAACAGGGACAUCAUUUACCUUAAUUUAUUUUAAUUCUUAUUCAAUUUAUAUGAAACAUAAGAAAACUAGCAUGGUAUCAUGCUCCCCCUGAAUCUCUACAUAUUACGGCAACAAGAAGGUCAAAAAAGCAGCAAGUUUAAUAAGUAAAGCAACAGCUUUGCAAGUGCAUCGCGCUUUCUGUGUAUAUGUUCACUGUUUAUGCACAACUACGACAUGAAGUGAUCAAAUCUUAUUAAGUUCUCUCGAGAAAGUGAACGGCAAGGCGAUAAAUUUUAUUGUGUCUCUCUGAACUUGGACGCGGUCUCCAGCUUUAUUUCCCAAUCUUAAAGACUGGACAAUUCAGAUGAGAAAUAGUUUGCAUUAGGACACGAAUUCAAUUUCUCAGUGGCAUUUUUGCUGGCAUUGCCUUUGUCAGAUCUUAACGUUCCCUCUGUCUCUCGCAGGAAGGAGGUGAAAAACAUAAUAACAUUAUUUGUCAGACCAUGUGUAAACGAGAUACCCAUCAGAGAUGUUCAUUAGGCUGCCAUAGACUUCAAGGUUGCUACAUAGAUAUAUUGUACUGUGCUAAAUUGGAAAGUUAACCAGUAGCCUGUGAGCAAGCUCUCCGCCCAAAUAGGAGAGCUUGCUCGCAGGCUAGUUAACCAGUGAAUAGACAGUCCACAACUGAAAAAGGUUAUAAUUUAACACGUACCUCUCCACAUCUGCCCCCCUCCCCCUUCCCCCUACACCACCAAUCCCCAUCCCAGCCAGCACUUCAACUACCACCGGGUUUUAUUCAACCCAGUGCAAUAUAUAAGGACCCUAUGCAAUGAGAACGUUGACAUCCAGGACAUCAAAAAUGGAAACCAGAAGUGGAUAUAUUUUCUGUCUUCCAGUGCUUUGACUCUUCAAAUUCCUUCAGUGGAAGGUAAAAGGAUUCGUUGUGUGAGACAGAAGCGUUCCAUCAAGUGAAACAUUGAACUUCCGGUUGCUAUUCAUGAAGUCCGCGACGGUCAGCGUUCUCGUUGUUUAAGUUCAUUUGACACGAAAAUGCAAUGUGUCACAGGCGAAAGAUAAAGAAAGGUUAUAUUAAUUAGAUUCACAUUUCAAGAGUGUUUUCUUCUUUCCUUAAUUAUUUCUCUGGCUUUUUAUUUAAAUCAUGAUUAUAUCUUUUUCUUUUUAUAUUUCUAUACACUGUUUCCAUUCCCCUUCCCAUUCAGGUUCCUGUUCUUUUUUUCCCCUAUUUUUCUUACAUACCUGAAUAAGAAUGUUAAUUUUAAAAAAAUCCAUAACUUAAAUUAAGAUAAAUUUUGUCCCUGUUUCUCUUCAUCCUGUUUUCUGUUCCUCUUCCCAUUACGGUUUCUAUCCCGGUUCCGGUUCGACGCUUCCUGUUCCUAUUCCUGUUCCUAUUCCGGAUUCCGGAUUCCGGUUUCCGGCUUUUCCAGAUGCCCGGGUGCUGUAAGAGCACAGAUCUUGUUCUUUGUUUCUUGUUCACAAAUUGUGAGUGAUUAAAUUAUUGUGAUGUUUUUAUUGGUGAAUAUGAUCAAAAUGAUGGAAAUGCUAUCAAAUUUGUGCACCGUCAGGUCCACAAAAACAUAUAUCAAAGGAGUCUGACAGGAUUCAUAACCAUUAUUAACUUAAAAGUGUGUAAACCAUUUAUCUUUUAUUUUUUUCCCAUAUCUUGCAAAGGUGUUAUUCAUUAAGUGACACUCAAAUUGAGUCAUUUCUGAUACAUUUGUCAAACUCUGCACAAGAAAGAGGUUCAUCUGCAACUAUGAUUGAAAUCACAAGGUAUUUAUAUUAGUUAAUACAAUAAAUGCAAUUAUUGCUUUUUAUCCUAUACUCAUCUGAACCAAAUGGACUCUUCUGUGUGUGACCAUGUGAAAAAUAAGGAUUGACUGUCCAAAAACAAAAAUAAUAAUAGUUAAUUAAUAUAAUUCAAUUAUUUUAAAUAUAGAAAAAAAAAACAAGAGAUAAUGAUCAGAAUCUAACUGUAUGGACAUACAGUGGAGGUUUGGUUAUAUAAUUAACAAAUCUCUGUCAGCUAAAACAAUCUGUGACUGGCCAGUUAAGUGCAGUACAUUGACAUUGUUCAUUUGGCCUGCCUGUGUUCUUGAAAUGCAUAUUCAAUCUACUUUACACCUUUUUGUCUUGCUUAGUAUACAUUGUACAAAGUGCAGUUGAGGUUUCUAUAUAUAUGAAGUAGGCAGUUGUUUUGAGUACAGUAUUUGACUGUAUUGUUGCAAGGUUUGACAGAAUCUUCUUUAUGUUUCCUCUUUAGGUUCUCUGCAGCCUGGGAGUACAUCCUUAAUCUUUCCAAGGAGGAAUACUCAGAAAAGAUGAUCCUUCAGAUUUUAGAAAUCAUUAAUAAGAUUGCCACAGUUGUUCCAAUGUCACUUACAGCCAGUGCAAUGGUUCAAGGAUUUCAGCAGAGUGUACUGUUUGGUUCAGUCCUUCCUGGUUUCAUAAAUGUAGUGACUGGGAGACCAAGCCAUGUCAGGUAUUUUUUUAAAGUUAAGAAGUACUUUUUACAUUAAUUUAUUGAAAUUUUUGUCCUUUAACAUUCCUAUGAAACGGGACAGCAUUCUCGACCCCAGUGCUUACGGGUUUGGGAAUGCACUGGCCAUCAGGCGCAGAAGAGCUCUGGGGUCGAGAUUGAAGGCACAGUGGGUAUUUCUGCACAGGACACCCAAACACUAGAACAAAUUAUAUCGAAUACAGUCAAAGUUCCCAUAAGCCACCAUGUUGGAAGUCACUCCAAGUGGUUGUAUUAACCAGAGCUGUUCACUUAAGAGAAUGAGCUCUCACAGGUGACUGCAUGGUAAAACAAUACAAUAGUGGGUGAUCGCUUGCAAAAGCCUCAGAAACUCAUUACUAAUUCAUAGGAAAAAAAUGAAAAUAACGUUUAAUGAGUGUUUUACUGAUAUAGACCCAGUUUUUUUAGACCAAAGUAAAACCCCAAGAUCUUUAUUAGUAAACCGUUAGCACAGUAGAAACCAUUAGUAUACCUCAAAUAAACAGGGUUUCACAAAGGUGGUCAACUAGUGCUGGUUGCUUACAAGAGUGGUCGCAAGGUUUUGUUUCUUUUUAGUAACUGCUGCUCUAUAUUUUUUAAACAGCAUGGUUCAGCAGAUUUUAGAGCACGUCAUCACUGCUGUUCCUGCCUCGGGUUUACAGGUGUUGCCCAUGGAGAAAGUCCUUGCUCAGAAUUUAGUCCAGGGCUCAUGCUCCAGUGAAUGUGAAGCAAAGGAGAGUGGGCUUACAGCCAUAGAGUUUCUUUCAAAGCUGUGUUCAUUAACUGCUUCAGAAGUACCUGGAGCAAAAAAAGAUCUUGAUAAGUUACCAUGGAAGGAACUGUCCUUAAUACCAGUCACAGAGGAAAUAUUCAGACCAAGUAAGGAUACUGAUCAAUACAUCUGAGGAUCUCCAAUAGAGUUGUUAAAUCCCUUUAUCUCACCCAGUUAUCCAGAUCCCAAACAUAGUUUUUAAUUAUAGUUUUACAGCUAGUCCAUAUUUUGUCUUUUUUGUGGCAAAUAGUUGGAGAGAAAGAUGAUGCUGUUUCCCUACCAGGAUCAUCGAAACCACCCUUUUUAAAAAGCCAGUGUAAAAGCGUUUUUUAUGAAAUUUAGGAUAAUGCCGAUCAGUAUAGUUUAUUAUUUCUUAGUGUAUCUUGGUGCUUUAGAACAUUAUUUCCUGAUUCCAAGUCUUUCCUAGAAGUCAACUACAGUAAACUGCUGCUUAUUAGCCCUCCCUCCCCCAGUUAAAAGCAACCCCCGCCCCCCCAACAACACCCCAACAAUCCCCCCUCCCCUUUUUUAAGCUCAAAACAUGUUUUGAUUAAAACUGGUGCAGCUUGUUUCAAAGCACUUUUCUAUUACGGUUAUCAGCCCCCCUCGGAUGUUUUAAAAAAACUCCCUCCAUUAUUUUAUAAGCCUUCCUAAAACUUCUUACAAAGAUGCAUAAGCCCAGGGCUUAUAAGUGGCAAUUUACGUUAUUGAGAGUGUACAAAGUCUUUCUUCCUUACUAAAAACCCAAACAAAUUGGUCUUAGAAAGUCUACUCAAUUCCUUUAUGCAGAUCGUAAUACUAUUAUAAUAUUAUAGUUAUAGUAAUCCCAAAUUUCGCCCUCUCUCCCCUUCACCCCUCGUUUUCUCAAUAGUCUCAAAUUCUCGCCUUCAAAGUUCGAGCCAAAUUUCGAAUCCGAAAAAAUAACCGAUUGGGGAACCUGUAGGUUACAAAAGGGUGACCAAGUUAUCUUUAUUUUUCUUUGGCAUGUUACAUUCAAUGGUCAGUUUUAUGAAAAUUUUAUAAUUGUAAUUAGGGAGUUCUUAGCUGUUGAUUCAAAGUUGGAAAGCGUUAGCUACUCUUGUAAAUUACACUUCUAAAAGUUUCUUCUUAUUCUUAUUUUUUAUUUUGUUUUUACUUACCCCUGUGAGAAGGGACUAUUUCAUAAAGACAACCCACCCAUUUACAACGUUAACACUCAUGUAGAAGUUUGGUACUAAAGUAAGUUUUUUGGUGUGUAAUAUUAUUAAUAGGCUUGAAGACUAGUGAUUUGCCAGUGAUCCGGGUGAAGGGCAACUAUAAAUCAGAGGAGGAUUACUUGAACACUUACUUUAGACUUCUUCGAGAAGAGUGCUUUUACAAACUGAGGAAAGGAAUCAGUGAGUUUGUUGAAUAUGGAGAAACAUCUGGCUCAAAAGACUUGACAAUGUACAGGUACAGAUAGUUAUUUAGGCAUUUCCUUUCAUAAAGAUUAUACAUAUAGUACAACCUCGAUAACUCGAACUCCCCGUUAACUCAAACUAAGUCCCAUUUUCCUUAGACUUCACUUCACUUUUUACAGUUUGAAAUCUACCAUUAAAAACAUGACAAAAUAAAGCCGCACGAUACUCCAUUUUUUUAAAGUUCGUUUUUCAGGGCAUGUAUCCCUUCAAAACAUCGUUUCAGUGGAUUGCCCUUGAGUCUGUUUACGCAUUAAUCGGGACAUUAAGUAAACAUAAUUUGCUCAUAGAAAGACAAAAGCUGGCAUGUAAAAUGCAAUUUAAACUUUUAGAACUAGCCUGAGUGUUAGGGUUUUUUCUAGGCAAGAAAGGCUUAGUAACACCCAAGUUACGUUAACAUUGGCUCUCAAAGCACUUAGCCACUUUACCUUGCUUUAAAAUACAAUUUAAACUUUUAGAACUACAAUCUGGGACAUAGGUCACGCCGCUCUGAUACAUAUCUUUCUCUCUUCCAAUGUUGUUUUGAAAUGGUUUUUUUGGUGGAAUUGUCCAAGCUCGAGGCCAACAUUCAGAGGAAAGAGAAAAGGAGAUCCAGCACAACGUGUCAACGUUAUUCCUUCAAUUGACCCAAGUUCUAAUGUCACAGAUUGUAGCCUUAGCGUUAGGGCUUUCCAGCUAAGAAAGGCUUAGUAACACCAAGGUCAAGUUUACACUGGUUCUCCAAGCACUUUGCUACUUUACCACCCUUAUACUUACAUGUUUAUACUGCAACUUUUAGUUAUUGUUUGACGCUUUUCUUCUUUUUUCUUUCUUUAUAUUUUUUGAAGUACUUCUAUUUUUUAUGUUCCGUUAAUGGGAUGCAAUUAUUUAAGUAGUUUGCAGGAGUAAGUAAUUAAAAGGUACUAAUUGGUCAAGAAGUAUGAAAAAGACACCCUUUUAUCGAGGAAAGGCUUCACUGCAUGAUACUUUUUUAACCGUUAGAUAACACCAACUUGUUAAGAAAUAUCGAAUAAGCGUGUUUCGUAAAUUUUGGAGAAAAGACGCGAAGUUGUUUGUAAAUAGCGUCGUCUUGAAAACGUUAAAAAAGCCCUAGAAAGCGCGACUUUUACAGUCCUGUGUUUGACAGUUAGAUGCAGUAGAUGUUAGCUUCAUAACCUGUCUUUCAGGGUUUCUCUUCGAGGAUGUUCUACCCGCCACGAAAAUUCUCCAACUGUUAUGCUAAUUUCUCUGGAUUAUGAAUUGCCAGAUUCGCAAGAUGGUCUUGAGAGCGAGUAAGUUGGUUAAAACAAAGUACAAAAUAUGUUUUUCCAAGUUAAACAGUGACUAUACAUGUAUGAAAUAGAAAAAAAAAUCAGCUAUAAAGAUUUCUUUAAGAGAAAAUGGAUACUGACGCCUUAUUUAAGUUAACUGUCUUAAUUCAGCAUUAUUUCAUUGCCAGGAGCGGCUGUUGUACUUUUUUCUAAUUUCUUUUAGCCCUGCAAAAAUUUAGCGAUUAAUUUUGCUUUAUUCUGUUAAUGUCUAUUGUUAAAAUGCUUUUUUGUAGUAUUGUAAAUUUAAUUAUCUAAUGUGAAAGUUAAACAGUGACUGUAUAUUGUGCAAACCUUAGCCAUGCGCUUUUCUAAUACAACUGGUAUAUAUUCUGCAAAAAAAAAAACUAUGUAGUUUAUUGGUGUUGAAGUAGAGUAAGAGACGAGUGCAUCCCCUCCUAAAAAAAAUCCUGGAUCCGCCCCUGUCUUCGUGGAACCAUGCAAAGCUAUCCGGUAUUGUAUGGACAGCAAUGGCCCGCGGCGGCAUAAGUUGUUCACACAUAUCGAAUAUCGUGCCGGAGCGGUUGGUCGAAAAGGUCUGGUCCACUUAAUUCCUGUCCUCUCUCCUGAAUAUUUACUCCCGUCUCAGUGGGUUCCAGUCCUCGCUCCUACUUAUUAGGCUGAUUUAGCAACGGAACGGGAACGUCAUUUGACGUCGGGAAAACGGGCGGAAGGACUAAACUCGACUUCCGGUGCCCAAUUUGCUGCUCUGCCAUUGGUGAAGCCAGUUGUUUGAUUUGCGCGCGCCGUCUUCAACUGACGUUCCUGUUCUGUUACUAAAUCAGCCUAUUUACUUCCUUGACGGGCCGAAUGGGUGUUCACACUGCACCAAAGUAUGGCACAAAACCCAUCUGUGACGCUCCACUUUCACAGAAAUCGGGCCUCUACAACCGUUCUUGUAUGUGAAGAAAGGCACUAUCCGGUGUGAUUUUCUUGGCGGUGCCAAAGCUAUCCGGCAUCGUGUAAAGACCGAAAACUCACCACGAAAGUUCGUGGGCGCGGCCCACUGGUCCUCUUAAUUCUGCAUUCACACUGUACCAGCUGAGGUAUACUGUGUAUAGCUUUGCGCACAACACUUAUUAGACAGCUUCACACCUUCUCAUGCAGCAGUAAUUCGUCCAUCUCGCGUUCUUUCGAAUUUUUCUAGGCAAGCAGAAUGGCUUAUGUAUGGCAAUCUCUUGUGUAUCUCAUUGGACGGCUCUUUUGAAGAACCUGUUUGGGCCGUGGUAGAAAGACACAUUGCUAGUGAAAGGUUUGUUACGAAGUGUUUGAGGAUGUUUUUCAAAAUAAGCGUAUUCUCCAACCCUUGAAGUAAUUUGCAUGAAAAGUGAUUUUAUAAUACAGUAAGGAGUGGACAUAUAGUCACAACAAUAACACAAGGAAACAAAAUUAUAGAAUAAAUUAAAAAGGCACAAAAAAAUCUCUUCCUUCCCUGCUAGCAGAGGUUCUCUCCGGCAUAGUUUUUAGCCUGUGCGAAGUCGUUCGCGCUGCUGAUAUUCGUGUUCGAACGACUUCGUACAUGCUAAGAGACCAUACCGGAAAGAAACCUCUUCUAGCAGGGUACCUCUCACUGAAGGUGAUGUCUUCGUGUGUUAUGAUAUGAAAAGUGCAAAGUCCGCCCAAUUUUGAUUAGUGCUUUAACCAAACUAAGAAGAAAAUCACAAAAGGACUCUACCGUUUGAAAGGUACAUAGAAUUCAUAGAAUUUCAAGGAUUUUACACAAACUAAAUUGCAUUGAUCAGUUGUUGCGGAGAUUCGUGAGAUAGAAUUUUCUUUAGAUUAAGUUCACCACGAGACAUCUAGCAAAGCUGACGAAAUGUCGUAGACACUUGAUCACCCCCACAGAAGGGUGCCCGCGGAGAACAACUACUAAAGUGGUAAUAAUAAUAAUAAUAAUGAAAAAUAAAGUUAACUGACAUGCGAAUUUCCGCUGCCCAAUACUGCUUAUCUUAUUAGAGAAAAGACUAUAAGGGCAUAAUGAGCGUUUUCAGAGGCAAUUUUGCUUGCUUUUUACUUAUUCGAGUCCAAUGAAAUUUAUUAUAUGAUUUCAGGAUUGUAGGAAUAACCCUUUGCGAAAAGGGUAAUACAUUAUCCGAGCCACAGUUUAUUGCAAAGAUGCAAGAACUUAAGAACAAAAGUAAGUUUAUGCACAUACAUGACACCAGUAACUAGAGAAAAGUUUCGGAAAAGCAGGGAUGUUAAGACGGAAUCUACUAGGACAUUGGGUAAUUUUGAUUUUCAGUGAACAAAAAUCUUGUACCAGAAUAAUUUAAAGUAUAUUGCAUUCUUUCUUACAUUUUUCAAGGGCUAACGAUGUAAUAAGUCAUUUUUAGUUAAACCAAAAAAAAUUGUUAUGGGAGCCCAAGAAAAUGAAUGUCAAAUUUCACAAAAUUACGUCUUACACGUGAAAUUUUUAGAAUUUCACCUGUAUAAUCACAAUUCUUGUGAAAUUUGACAUUUAUUUUCUCGGACUUCCAUGGAAAUUUUCUUUGGUGUUACUACAGAUGAUUUAUUGCAUCUUUAGCUCUUGAAAAAUGCAUAAAAAGAAUGCAAUAUUCUUUAAAUUAUUCUGGUACAAGAUUUUUGUCCUUUUUGUCCUGACGGAUUCGGUCUUAAUAUUUGUGAAACUAAAAUCAUUAACCUAAGUUAUGCCAUGUAGGGUUUUUCGGCGAUUCUCGUCUCCUCUUAGGAUCUUCGUCUUAACCUACGUCAGUUUUUCUCUCCCCUAAAGAACUAACGUUCAACUUAUUUCCAUUUAUUGUCUGAUGAACUCUGUGCUCAGAGAUCGUGCUAAGCUAGUAACGGCUGUCAGGGGUAUGUUGAUAUGCUUUCGGUUUA